CUCGCACGCAGCAAAAGAAAUCACAAAUUGUAAUCAAAAGGCCAAGAACUUCUCAACGACCUAAAGGUCAUGUCAGUAUCGAUUCUGCUCAGCCUGCCCUGACUACGCCCAUGGCACCAGUCGACAACCUUGCAUCUACAUCGACAACAGGAAGCUCUCAAACGUCCUCGACGCCCGAACCUGAAGACGUUCAUCUUGCACGUAUCCGUGCUUUACUGUGCCCUCCCCCAAUUCCCGGUCUAGCAGAUUGGGGUAUACCCCCAGAAGCGGAAACCGCCUGUGAUCCAGAACUCGAAGCAAAGUUGAAGCAGUUUCACCAACUCAAAUCUCUCCCUACACCGAAACACUUCAACGACACUCUCAUGUCGAACCGUUCAUUUCGGAAUCCACAUCUGUAUGCUCAGCUUGUAGAGUUUGUGAAUAUCGAUGAGCGGACGACCAAUUUCCCGAAGGAUAUUUGGAAUCCGGACGAAGUCAGGGAUGGAGAAUGGGACGCAGAGAAGAUUGCGAAAUACCAGAAAAUAAGAUCGGAGCAGCAGUCGCAGCAGUCAAAGUCUAGGACACAUAUUGAAUUUUCUUCGGGGAAGGAUAUUAGAUCACACCCGUACGCAAACGCACCAUCUGGCGGAAGUGCACUUGGAGGUCGAAGACAAGCCAGAAGUUCAGGUGGCCCUUCGCGAUGGGGAUAAAUAACCUUUACCCUUUGUUUAUGAACAGAUUGUCAUUCCUAAUACAGAACUAUUUUUCAACCCC